AUGGCCGGCCACCCCAUCAAGAAGUUCAUCUCCUACGACAGUUUGCGGUUCGAGAAAGAGAGACUGGAAACCUUCAUCGACUGGCCUGUGGCGUGGCUGAAACCAGAGGAUUUAGCCAAGGAUGGAUUCUACUAUCUAAGGACCGAGGAUCACUGUGCCUGUUUCUUCUGCAGUGGCAUCGUGGGGGUAUGGGAGCAGGGAGAUUCCCCACGAGAGGAACACAAGCGCCAUUUCCCCCGGUGCCCAUUCAUCCGGGGUCAUCCAGUGGGCAAUAUACCCAUGGCCCAAAGCAACAUCAUAUUAGGCAUCACUCCGAGCCCUUACGCUACCCUUGUCCUCCCGCCGAGCAUGGAUAUGUGUGGAUCGGGAAGGCGACACAUGUCCGAGUCUUAUCCUGAAUGCAGAACCCCGAAGAAUUAUUCGGGACUUGGUUUACCGCCACAUACUGGACCCAAGAGGAAAGACUUCAUCUCCCUAGAAAGUCGCGCGAAGAGCUUCAUGGGGUGGCCUGACGGGGUAAAGCAGACCCCAAAGGAACUGGCUGAGGCUGGUUUCUCCUAUUGUGGGCUGAGUGACCAUGUGCGCUGCUUCUACUGUGACAAUGGUCUUCGGAACUGGGAGAAGGAAGAUGAUCCAUGGGAAGAGCAUGCAAGGUGGUACCCGGAGUGUAAAUUCGUCCUGGUCAAGAAGGGGCAGGAAUUUAUUGACAGGGUGAGACGAGAGAAGCCACCGUACCUGCGAUCACAACCACCACCUUCCAAUUCUGGUCCACCAUCAGAGAGGGAGCUGGACUCGCUAAUGGAGCUUGAUAUCAUCGAUGCAAUGCUAGGGAUGGGCUUCCCAACAAACAAGGUUCGACCAGCCCUGCGGAGGAAGCUGGAAAUUACUGGUCUUCCAUUCUUCAACCUAGAAGCUUGCAUUGAAGCUGUCCUGCAGUACAUGGAGGAGGAGAGUCGCCUCACCCUCACGUCAUCACCAGCAAGGAGUCUGGAGUUUGAGGCAGCAUCACAACAAGGAGCCAAGAUGCAAGCGCUGCAGUCUGCUCAUGAAUCACACAUUUCAUUAUCAUCUAGCUCACUUACCCCCACCACAAACACCAGCGCGGGUGAUGAAAUAUCUUCCUCCCUCUCCUCCUCAACUGGUUCAUCUCAACAUAGUCCAACCUCAUCAUCCAGCACAGAGGAGCCCAUAACUGAAUCUUCCCCCAUCACCUCCACUCAGGAAGUCCUCAACGCUGCUCCCACGUCCUCCUCUUCUCCCACGGCGGUGAAGCUCCUUCCAUCGAGUGGUGAUUCAGCCGGCACUGGGAAGCCCCAAGACCAUGCGGUGGAAGAAGGGUUGGACCUGAAGGACAUGUGCAAGGUGUGCAUGAACGCCGAGCUGGACAUGGUGUUCCUACCCUGCACCCACAUGGUUACCUGCUCAUCCUGUGCCCUUGCCCUCACCCAGUGUCCAAUCUGUCGCGGGGAUAUCAAGUACGCCAUCAAGCCCAUCCUCUCCUGA